CUGGGGACACUGGGGCUCAGAUGUGCCGGCCCCAUCUCCUGCACGGUGCUGCCCAGCGCCCUGGGGAUGGACGCCCCGCCAGCCCCCGCUUAUUGUCUGCGGCGCCGGCCUGCAGCCUAGCUCCCGCCCCUUUCUGCAAGGUCUGUUUCCUAACCGCUGCUCCAACCACGCACCUCGCUUCUGCAGGAGCCCCUCCUCUUCCUCCCUCCCUCGCUGGGGUGGGACUGGAGGACCAGGCUAACUUGACAGCCGCGCUUCUUUCUUAGCCAGUCGCCCGGCCCCGGCCCCGGAAUGCCUGCGGCUCUGUAGCCCCAGAGAGGUGCUUCUCCCCGGGAGUCCCAGAGGGGCGGCUUGGGCUUCCAGGAACCAGGGAAGGAGCCGCUCCAGCCAUGUGCCCCCGUGGGCAUCGGCCGGGGGGCCGGGGGCCCGGCGUCCUCUCGCUCGUCCCGCGGCCCCGGAGGCAGAGGUGAGCCCCCCGGGCAGCCGGCCCCAGCCCGAGGUGCCGGAGCCCGACCUGUCAUGGUGGCCCGCUGCGGCCGGCCUGAGGCACUCCCAGACGGGUUUGCAGCUGAGCCUGCUUGUCUGCUGGCGUGGGGCGAAGAUGGGGAGUUACUUGUCCGUCCCAGCUUACUUCACCUCCAGAGACCCCUUUCGGUGUUCAGAAUGCCAGGGUUCCCUCACCAACUGGUACUAUGAGAAGGAUGGGAAACUCUACUGCCAUAAGGACUACUGGGGGAAGUUUGGGGAGUUCUGUCACGGCUGCUCCCUGCUGAUGACGGGACCGUUCAUGGUGGCUGGGGAGUUCAAAUACCACCCAGAGUGCUUUGCCUGUAUGAGCUGCAAGGUGAUCAUUGAGGACGGGGAUGCCUACGCCCUGGUGCAGCAUGCCAUGCUUUACUGUGGGAAGUGCCACAAUGAAGUGGUCCUGGCACCCAUGUUUGAGAGGCUCUCCACGGAGUCUGCCCAGGACCAGCUUCCCUACUCCGUGACCCUCAUCUCCAUGCCGGCCACCACCGAGUGCAGACGAGGCUUCUCCGUGUCCGUCGACAGCGCCUGCUCCGACUAUGCUACCACCGUGCAAGUGAAAGAGGUCAACCGGAUGCACAUCAGCCCCAACAACCGCAAUGCCAUCCACCCUGGGGACCGCAUCCUGGAGAUCAAUGGGACCCCCGUCCGCACUCUUCGUGUGGAGGAGGUGGAGGAUGCGAUUAGCCAGACGAGCCAGAGACUUCAGCUGCUGAUUGAACAUGACCCUGUCCCCCAGCGCCUGGACCAGCUGCGGCUGGAUGCCCGGCUUUCUCCCCACAUGCAGAAUGCCGGGAACUCCCACACCCUCAGCCCUUUGGAUACCAAGGAAAAUCAGGAGGGAACACUGAGGAGACGCUCCCUGAGGCGCAGUAACAGCAUCUCCAAGUCCCCUGGCCCCAGUUCCCCCAAAGAGCCCCUGCUGCUCAGCCGAGACAUCAGCCGCUCCGAAUCCCUCCGCUGCUCCAGUAGCUGCUCACAGCAGAUCUUCCGGCCGUGUGACCUGAUCCAUGGGGAGGUCCUAGGCAAGGGCUUCUUUGGGCAAGCCAUCAAGGUGACACAUAAAGCCACAGGCAAAGUGAUGGUCAUGAAAGAGUUGAUUCGAUGCGAUGAGGAGACGCAGAAGACUUUCCUGACUGAGGUGAAAGUGAUGCGCAGCCUUGACCACCCCAAUGUGCUCAAGUUCAUUGGCGUUCUAUACAAAGACAAGAAGCUGAACCUGCUGACCGAGUACAUUGAGGGGGGCACGCUGAAGGACUUUCUGCGCGGCGCGGAGCCGUUCCCCUGGCAGCAGAAGGUCAGGUUUGCCAAAGGCAUCGCCUCUGGAAUGGCCUACCUGCACUCCAUGUGCAUCAUCCACCGGGAUCUGAACUCGCACAACUGCCUCAUCAAGUUGGACAAGACUGUGGUCGUGGCAGAUUUUGGGCUGUCACGACUCAUCGUGGAAGAGAGGAAAAGGCCCCCAGUGGAGAAAGCCACGGCAAAGAAACGUACCUUACGGAAGAGCGACCGCAAGAAGCGCUAUACUGUGGUGGGAAACCCCUAUUGGAUGGCCCCUGAGAUGCUGAAUGGAAAGAGCUACGAUGAGACAGUGGAUGUCUUUUCGUUUGGGAUCGUUCUCUGUGAGAUCAUUGGGCAGGUGUAUGCAGAUCCCGACUGCCUGCCCCGCACACUGGACUUUGGCCUCAACGUAAAGCUUUUCUGGGAGAAGUUUGUCCCCACAGACUGCCCGCCAGCCUUCUUCCCCCUGGCCGCCAUCUGCUGCAAACUAGAGCCUGAGAGCAGACCAGCAUUCUCAAAACUGGAGGACUCUUUUGAGGCCCUCUCCCUGUACCUGGGAGAGCUGGGCAUCCCACUGCCGGCAGAGCUGGAGGAGCUGGACCACACCGUGAGCCUGGAGUACGGCCUGACUCGGGACUCGCCCCCCUAGCCCGGGCCUAGCCCCCUGCAGGGGGUCGUACCACAGCCAGCAUUGCCCCCUCUGCGCCCUGGCUCUGCCCUUCAUCAGGACUUCCUGUGGAUCGACGGCUUGUUUAGAAACAGAACGAGCCAUUCCUACUACCUCCCCAGGAGGCGUGCGGGGCGCAGGGGACACCUCGGCACAGGUUUGGGGGCCGGAUCCCUGUCUCAAUCCAACACUUAUCUGAAAGCUGUGAAGAUAAAAAGAGCCUGGGAUCUACCAGGAGGAGUCUGUUACUCGGGACUACUGGGGACCUUCCUGACCGUGAGAUUCCAGUAGGCUCUGGCUUACACUAAUCAACAUGACCUGGGCCUGCUGGACAGGAUCCAAGGGUGAACCAACCCGCCUGAGGCUCUGAUGGUUCUGGUCCAGCUGGGUGCAAGAGGACUUCAGCUGGAACGUGAGCAAGAGAAAGAAAGGCUGGGGGUCACAUGGCCCUCAAGGGGUCGAAGCGCUGGCCUCUCAAGGAAGUGAGGUUCUUGAAGAGUUCUGAGGUAGGCACUAAGUAGGACUGGCCAGGAGGAAGAGAGUGGGUUGGUUUCUGCUCACCAUCCCAGAGACCAGAUUCGUGUGCAGAAGUUUCCACCUCACAGAGCCUGGCAACACGCUGCAUCUCAACCAACAGUUACUCAUUAAGCACCUAGGAGGCUGGAGCUGGAGAAAGCAAAAGGCUUUGCCCUGUAAAAAGCCCCAUUUCCUGGCCGCUGUCACUCACGCCCUGGUGGGCUCAGUCAAAAAGCCCAAGACAUUGCUUUGAAGCAGACAGGAUCCAGAGGCCACUGGGGCUUGUCACAGGCCUCGGCUGCAAGGAAGGGAAGUCUCUCGGCCUCGGCCAUCUGGCAGCUACUGCUUACUCGGGAACACGCUUGGGACAGGAAUGGCGGGCCGGGUCCCCGGGCUGAGAUACCGAGCACUUCUGAGCUGGGCUAUCGGGCUUCUACCUCCCUCGUUGAGGCCCAGUUCUUAGCUUGUAACUACAGCCUCCCAAGCCGCCCCAGGCCAUGCGCAUUGGAAACACUGAGGGUACCUUCCACCUUGGCUCCUGGAUGUCCAGGGACUCCACAGCACACCUGGUUUUGCCUCCUCUGAAGUGUGUGUGAGCUUGCACUGUAUUUAACAAACUGGGAAUGGGUUUGGGGUGUAAAAUGCAAUGUGUGGUGGGUUGUACGGGAGAGGGGGUCCAGGAGAGCGGUGGUUAAUAUUAUCGUUAUCUGUUUGGUAUGUGAAAUACUGUACAUAGACCGGAUGAGUUGUGGGGUAGGAAUAUCAUCUCUGGCCAGUUCACUUGCUCUGUAGACUGUACACGUAUGUGCAGUUUGCAAACUUGCUGCAGGGGGGUCUUGAGCGCCCAGCAUCUGAGGGUUGUCUCCAGCAAGUGUGGGAGUGGUGGGCCUGAGAGAGGCCGUUAAGCAGAUUCAAUAAAUUAAGCGUUAACACAA